AUGACAAAAAAGGUCUUACAAUUUCUCGCCGAUGGUAAUGAAGAAGUUGGUACUUUAAUUUCUGCGAAUGUUUUAUCACGAGGAGGUUAUGAAGUUACAGUGGCAGCAGUUGGCCUCAACGACUCUCGUUGGGCAGUGGGCUCAAAAGGGCAAAAAACUGUCCCCACCACCACAAUUGAAAUGUUGGCAGAAACAGCUCAUUCAUUUGAUAUCAUUCUCGUUCCUGGUGGAGUGGUUGCCUCUAGAUACCUAGCCUCACGACAAGAUGUUUUGGAAAUCGUAAGAAGACAUUAUGAUGCUGGAAAGCUAUCCACAUUUCUCUGUGCUGGACCAUACGUAGCAAAAGCGGCAGGAAUUCACAUUGGCAAAAAGUUAACUUCUAAUCCAUUUGUCGAAGCGGACUUUGUUAAAGACUACAACUACCAGCAAGAUCGUGUCGUGGUUGAUGGUAAUAUGGUCACUAGCUUACAAGCCCUUCCGUUCGUUUACCUCUACAGCCGUGGGCCUGGUACCGCAUUUGAGUUUAGCUUUGCUAUUCUUGAGCUCGAUUAUGGUAAGGGUUCUGAAAAGAUUGAAAAGAUGAAGCCUGGCAUGGUACUUCCUCCCUCUAUCUAA